AUGUUUCCCUCCCCAUCGCCUUCUCCGGCCCCUUCGCCUCCAGCAUACCUCUACCUCAACAAUCACCAUCACCAAUCCGGUAGCCAUGGAGGCGGUCCUCUCUCAGGUGCUGGCGGUCAAGGGUCCGCUCAAAAUCACAACAACCCCAACGGCUACAACGGAUCUUUCACUCCAGUAGGCAGAUUCCCCAUGCCUUCCGGCGCCUGGCCGCAAAGAGGGCACCAGCACCCGCACCACUCGCACCAGCAGAAUCCAUCGCUUUCCUCCUUGCCCGGCUCCAUCGGUCACUCGAGCGGAGCGUCCAUUUCCGCUGGCGGUCCCUCCUCGCCCGGCUAUGGAAGCCUUGGCGCCCACCACCAUCACCACCACGGCGGUCACGGGCCGUCGGGUCUCUCGCACAUGUCCUCGCCUGGAGGCUUGCAUUCCGGUCACCUCAGCUCUUCCGCAGGUCGAACAGAAGCAGCAGCAGCAGCCGCUGCCGCCGCCGCAGCUUCCGGCUCGCCUCACUGGCAGCAGCAGAUUGUCAAGGCAGAGAUCUCACGCCAGUCCAAUUCUCCGCACCACCACGCACGUGCCGCCGCAUUGGCAGCGCGGUCCGCAACCAGUUCCGCCAUUGCCAUCCAAGAUCCCACCAAGGGCAUCGUUCCACCUCAAGUAGCUGCCAACGGUCUCUUUGUGGCCAAGAAGGACUCCAGCAUGGCCAACGGAGGUGGAGCCGAUGACGGAAAGGGAAGCGGAGCCAAUGAUGCCGCACCUGGCACCACCAUCAACGGUGGCACCUCCACGUCCUCCACGACGGGCACGAGCGCAGCCAAGGAAAAGCAGACGUGGUCCACCAUCGACAUGGGCGGUCUUGCGCUCAAGAACAUCGCCAACGAAGUCUACCGCUACUCGUUCCUUACCUCGCUCUUCAUCAACCACAACGCGCUCACCACCAUCUCGUCCGACAUUGUCAAGCUCCGUCACCUCACCGUUCUCGAUGCAUCUGGCAACAAGCUCUCGUCGGUCCCGCCAGAGCUCGGCAUGCUCACCAGCCUGCGGGAGCUGUUCCUCUUCGACAACAACCUCACGACACUCCCGCCUGAGCUUGGCACGUUGCACCAGCUCGAGAUGCUCGGUGUGGAGGGCAACCCGCUGCAGGACAACUUGCGUACGCUCUUGCAGCGCGAAGGCACCAGCGCCGUCAUAGCGUAUCUCCGUGACUCGUGCCCUGUGCCGCUGCCACCACCAGAGCGCGAGUGGAUCAUGAUCGACCCGGACCUUCCGGACCUGGAUGUGGAUAAGGAUGCGGACGAAGCCACGCAGGAGUCGUUCAACGUGCUCUCGUACAAUAUUCUCUUCGAUCGCUACGCCACCGCGCAAAUGUACGGCUACACGCCCUCGUGGGCUUUGGCGUGGGACUACCGCAAGGAGUUUAUCCUGCAAGAGGUCAUGUCGUACAGCGCCGACAUUUGCUGUCUGCAAGAGAUCGGCGUGGAGCAGUACGAGGACUACUUCCUCCAUCACCUCUCGCAGCAGGAUUACGAAGGUGUGUUCUACCCCAAGUCGCGUGCGCGCACCAUGCGCGACGAGGAGAAGCGACGCGUCGACGGCUGUGCCAUCUUCUACAAGGCGAACAAGUACCAGCUCAUCGAGAAGCAGGUGGUCGAAUUCAACCAGAUUGCGCUGCAGCGACCCGACUUGAAAAAGUCGGAGGACAUGUACAACCGUGUCAUGACCAAGGACAACAUUGCGGUCAUUGCGCUGCUGGAGAACAAGCUGUCUGGCUCGCGCCUGGUGGUGGCCAACGUGCACACACACUGGGACCCCGCCUUCCGCGACGUCAAGCUCGUGCAAGUAGCCAUGCUGAUGGACGAAGUCGAGAAAGCCGGAAGCCGCUUCGCCAAGCUCCCGCCCAAGCCCAGCGUCGCAGAAGGCUACCCCCCGCCGCCCAAGUACACGCACGCCAGCCAGAUCCCCACCAUUAUCUGCGGCGAUUUCAACAGUGUACCUGAAACGGGCGUGUACGACUUCCUCACCAACAGCGCCGUGCCCGGCGACCACGAGGACUUUAUGGACCACGUCUACGGCAACUACACGGCGCAUGGUCUCGAGCACCCGUACAAGCUCCAGUCGUCCUACGUUCCCAUCGGCGAGUUGAGCUUCACCAACUACACGCCCGGCUACGAGGGCGCAAUCGACUACAUCUUCUACUCGAAGAACACGCUCAACGUGACGGGCGUGCUGGGCGAGAUCGACAAGCAGUACCUCAGCAAGGUGGUCGGUUUCCCCAACGCGCAUUUCCCCAGCGACCACAUAUGCAUCAUGAGCGAGUUCAACGUCCGGAGGACGGAUCGCGCCCAGGCCAAGGAGAACAAGGGGAGGGAGGUGCAUCAUCCUCAGUCGUUUGGUGGUGGUGGAAGGCGAUGA